AUUCAUUCCAAGUUACUAUUCAUGUUUUCUGUCUUAUCUUUCUUUCGGACACAGACCUGUAUAUCGUUGGAGCGUCAAAGAUAUAUUUUCUACAAGUUGCUCGAUCGAUCGCCACCAAUCUUCCCUAUCUUUCAUGUUUUUACUUAUAACAACUAACUUUAACUUGUAGUAGUACAGUAUUGAUGUCACCUACUGUACAAGCUUUGCCAUGUCAAGCCUAGCGAAGGUACCAAUAAUCAGUAACAAGGAUCAAUUCUCAUUUGAGUGAUAUAUCUAAUAUCUACUGCUGUCAGCGAAUAUUUAAUGAGUCAAUACCACGAAAUAUCCACUGGUCGACGCGGCCUCUUGCUCUUCUUGCUCCGCCGAGGAAGAGAAACCGUUCUGGAGCUGGAAUGAUCAUCAUAGCCAAAUGAUGGCGAUCAUUUUUUGUCAUCAAAUCCGCUGUAAAAACCCUAUCACGGCAACGUGAUUUUUAUACAAGUUUUGAAUAACCAAAGGAUUGAUAAGACGCUUAAAAAGUGUCAAAAGCAAUGGCAACAAUGGGUAAUACACCACCAUGUGCUCAAUAUCAAACAACAAGACCAGCAGAAACUCUCACUUUCAAUAUUUCACGCACAAAACUUCAGGUCUAGGCGGCAGUCAGUCGCUGCAAAGUGCAAUAUCAAUAUCAAUCUGACCUGAGUCACAGUUCAGAUAUAAUGACAAUGCUCAGAAUCAAAAUCGCCCUCAUUGUUCCCUUCCUACUGCUUGUGGCAGCCGCCUUCACCAAGCGAGUUCAUGCUACAGUCCAGGAAGAUGACACCAAGGCCCUGCAGCGAGUCAGAAAGCUAGUUCACCGACAAGGGACGGAAGAUACACGAUCGGUCACCGACAGUAGCAUCGCUUCCGCCACUACGGAUGAAAGCAUAGCAGCGUCAUUCGGACAAACUUCUCAAGCGGCUACAAGCGUAACAUCGUCAGACCCAUCCUCUGCAAAUUCUCCUACUUCCAGAGUAGCUUCUUCUUCUGUCACAGGCAGUAUGCCGUUUGCUUCUUCCUUCGCUUCUUUGGCAGAGCCUUCAACAAACUGCACCGACCCCGGCGGUGGUUGCGUCAUAUUUCUCUCCUCCAUAUCGUCCUGUUCCAACGAUUCAUGUGCAUGCGAUUUGUCGUAUCCUGCCCAAGUAUGCGCCCAAUGCCUGGCCAGCGAAGAGGCCAUCGAUAGUUUCAACUCCUUUCUGAAGACAUGUGAUGACGCAGGCUAUGUGGCGCCCAUGUCAACAGUACUGGUUGAGAUAAAGUAUUGCGAAGGGCAAGAAGAAUCAGUAUUUGCUUCGGAGACUUAUUCAGGGCUUACCGCUGUGUCCUUGACGGAUACCGCAAAGAUAACCGCUACCGAAGACGUCACAUUACUGACAGCGACUAUGGCUUCAUCAUCGGCUUUUGCAACAGAGACAAGCGAUAGAGAGGUUGUAGCAGUGGAAAUCAACGACAGCAAUGAUUCCAGCACUAUCCUUUCUCCCUUCACUUCAAGCUCAAAUGCAAUGGCCAAUACUUCUGACGCGUUGAACAAUCUGGUGGCACUUGCGACUGACUCCAUAUCAGAGCUUUCUGCGUCGGGUGCGGCUUCUGUGGUCGUCAUCACCUCGUAUUCAACCGUUCUCCAUACUGCCUCUAUUAGUCCCACCUCGUUAUUUUCGCUCUCUGAAUCUGCACAAGUCAGUGAUAUGGGAGCACUCACUACAGGGGCAUCUACAUUGUCAGGGACAAUAUCCACUCAAAACGAAUCCGGCAUUGGUGCUCUUAAUUCUGCUCGCGAAUUCUUCAGUGGCGAUGAGCUUUCGAACUGUUCUAAUGACUGUGAAAACUGGCAACAGAUGGCACAAACCUGUACGGACGAUAAUUGUAUCUGCACGAGCGAUGCUCUCUCCGCUGCAAGUAAAUGCUCAAGUUGCAUUGGCUCUCAGUCGUCCAAUAGUACCGCCCAAAUGAGGGCCUACGCUGCCUUCACAAGCAAUUGCACAAGCGCUUCGCCUCUAUCAGAUACAUCCGGAAGCCGAACUUCUGCUGCAGGGUUAACUUUCGGGGGCGAAGCCACGUCUUCAGCAGGUGCUAAUCCAUUCGCCACAGCCUCCAGCUCUGGUACGAGUGUGAAUGCCGAGGAAGCUCAGGGUGCAGCCACCACUAUCGUUGUUGCCGGUGCAGGCCUGCGUAAUGUUGACUGGCAACCAGUUAUGGCGAUCGUCGUUGUGGUAACCACCAUGGCUUGCCUUGUGGCUGGACUGUACGUGGUAUAGAGAUGAGUAGCUGUCAAUGUCAACUCGAUGU